AUGGAGAACGGCGCUUGUACCAAUAUUGGCCACUAUUUCGACAAUAAUCAUAUACGAUUUCGUACGCAGCGCGAGGGUGUAUGGGACGAUGAAACGGCAUAUCCAUGGAUCCCGGCUCCACAUUGUCAAGUUCCAGGUCGAAAUCCAAGCGGGCUGUCGGAAUUUUCUGGAUCAAGCACGCUUUUCUGUCAGCCACACGAUGGGCCUCAUUCAACUUCGGAAAGUUGGAGUCACUAUGUGGCGCCACCGACACCCGCCGCGACGGGAUAUUCCUUUCAUGGUAAUGGCAACGCUAUGACUCCCGGCCUUCUAGCCACGGGAUCCUGGUUGGAGGCCGAAUCUUCUGGGUGGCAUUCAUUGUACGGAAAUGAUAAAAGAGAAAUGCAUUCGCCGUCCUCAGCCAUUGGCAGUCUGCAUGAACAGCAAAUGUAUAAUGAACCUUUGAUGCAACUAAGCCAGUCCAUAUCGCCACCUGAACAUGAGGGUUACACAGUAGCGCAUCCGAAUGAGUAUGUGUCCCCAGACACGUGUGCCUUCUCUUCAGAGCCGAUCGAGGAACAGUUUUCUGGUCCAACACCAGGAAAGGAUGUUCACAAAGUGCUGUGUCCACAUGGUUGUGGGACAAGCUUGACAGGCACGCAUGCUCAGAUAUGUCACUAA